UAGGCGGGGCUUCCGCGGCUGCUGGUUCAUUAUGUGAGACUGACGUUCGGAAAUGACCCAUGUGUCUGACCUGCACCAAUACACGAUCACCGGAUCGCCUCGUCCAACUCCCGUAGUGCAUUUCUUUCAGUCUUUAUAGGUUAUUCACGACAUACCGGCGCGUGUCAUCCGAUCAUGUCUAAAGACACGGAGGCCAACAGCGAGGAGAUUAUGGAGUCAAAGGUGCUCUGGUACCCGGACUCGAAACGAAACACACAGAUGGACCGAUUCCGGACUCUAGUGAACCGGGACUUCGGGUUGAAUCUGGCUAACUAUAAUGACCUGUAUCAGUGGUCCGUGGACAGUUAUCCGGAGUUCUGGGCGCAGGUUUGGACUUUCUGUGGCAUCGCUUGCUCAAAGAUGUAUGAGGAGGUGGUUGAUGUUUCUAAAAGGAUAUCAGAUGCACCUGAGUGGUUUAAAGGCAGCAGACUGAAUUAUGCAGAGAACCUUCUCAAACACAAAGACCAGGACAAAGUGGCUCUCUAUGCUGCAACUGAGGCGAAUGAGGAGAUCGUCAAGGUGACUUUCGGAGAGCUGAGGCGUGAUGUCGCUCUCUUCGCUGCCGCCAUGAGGAAGAUGGGCAUCAAAACUGGAGACAGGGUCGUAGGAUAUCUGCCCAAUGGGAUUCAUGCUGUUGAGGCCAUGCUCGCUGCAGCAAGUAUCGGCGCCAUCUGGAGUUCAACCUCUCCAGAUUUUGGUGUCAAUGGAGUGCUGGACAGAAUUUCUCAGAUCCAGCCCAAGUUGAUGUUCUCAGUAGCAGCUGUUGUCUAUAACGGCAAGCAGCACGACCAUAUGGAGAAACUCCAGAACGUUGUUAAAGGUCUCCCUGACCUGAAGAAGGUUGUGGUCAUUCCAUACGUUCGCUCUCGACAAGAAACCGACCUCUCCAAGAUUCCCAACAGUGUGUUCCUGGAGGACUUUUUGGCCACAGGGAAAGAAGGGGAUCAGGACCCUCAGCUGGAGUUUGAGCAGCUUCCCUUCUCUCAUCCUCUCUUCAUCAUGUACUCUUCUGGCACCACAGGAGCUCCCAAGUGCAUGGUGCACUCUGCUGGGGGCACUCUCAUCCAACAUCUUAAAGAACACAUUCUCCAUGGCAACAUGACCUACAAUGAUGUCAUCAUAUAUUACACUACGACGGGCUGGAUGAUGUGGAACUGGCUUAUAUCCUCUUUAGCCGUUGGGGCUUCUGUGGUCCUGUACGACGGCUCUCCUCUUAUUCCCAGUGCCAAUGUGCUCUGGGACCUCGUAGACCGUUUGGGAAUCACAAUUUUUGGGACUGGAGCAAAAUGGCUUUCUGUUCUGGAGGAGAGAAAUCUGAAACCAGCAAACACACACAACCUGCAGACACUUCACACACUCCUGUCUACAGGAUCUCCACUGAAGCCCCAGAGCUACGAGUAUGUGUACAGCUGUAUUAAGAACAAUGUGCUGCUGGGAUCCAUAUCAGGUGGCACAGACAUCAUUUCAUGCUUCAUGGGUCAGAACAUGACGGUGCCCGUUUACAGAGGAGAAAUUCAGGCCCGAAAUCUGGGUAUGGCCGUGGAGUCCUGGAGCUGUGAAGGUAAGCCUGUUUGGGGAGAGAGUGGCGAACUGGUGUGUUUGAAGCCCAUCCCGUGCCAGCCCACUCAUUUCUGGAACGACGAGAAUGGCAGCAAAUACCACAAAGCCUAUUUUUCCACCUUCCCAGGAUUCUGGGCCCAUGGCGAUUACUGUAAGAUAAAUCCAAAAACGGGAGGAGUCGUCAUGCUGGGGCGAAGUGAUGGAACUUUAAAUCCUAAUGGUGUUCGGUUUGGGAGCUCCGAAAUUUAUAACAUUGUGGAAGCCUUCGAGGAAGUGUCCGACAGUCUUUGUGUCCCUCAGUACAACAGUGACGGAGAAGAGAGAGUGAUUCUGUUCUUAAAGAUGGGACCCAAUAAGACCUUCAGUGAAGAGCUGGUGGGGAAGAUCCGCAAGGCUAUCAGAGUAGCUCUUUCUGCCCGACAUGUCCCAGCAUUGAUCCUGGAAACCAAAGACAUCCCGUACACUAUUAGCGGAAAGAAGGUUGAAGUUGCAGUAAAGCAGGUGGUCGCAGGUAAGGAAGUCACUCAGCGAGGGGCCUUCUCAAACCCAGACUCUUUGGACCUCUACAAGAACCUGCCUGAACUCCAAAACUUCUGAACAACAACUCCUGAAGGUCCAGUGCUUCUGUCUUUGAAGGGUUCGGAUUCUCUGGACAAUGCUGGAAAAUCUGAAGGAAUAGAGCUUUCAAACAUCAAGGUUUUCUGCACGUUGCGGCUCCUACUCAAAUUCAGCUAGCCACUGUACCAAUGGAGUGAGUCUGUACACACCAUACUUCCUCAAAAGUGUAACUGGGUUGCUCUUGGGUAGAAAGUUGAGAGUGCCAUUUUAUGAAAUUCCAGCUUGGAUCUUAAAGGGACAUUUUAUCUGCUUCUGUCAUUGCGUCCACCAAGCGUUAUUCCCAAGACAUGACAAACAAUUCCCAAAUCUGUUAUCUUAAUUUACCGUAAAUGUCAGUCCCAUAUUUUACCUCUCGUAUUUCGAUACAAUGUCACUUUAACCUUAAUGAAGGUGUAUGGAAAUCUGGCCAUGUAUGUUUUGAGGCUAUAAAAUGACACUUAAUGCUCAUAUGUCUAUAUGAGUCAUAUACAGUGAUAUGUUACUGAAUGUUCUGGAUUUAAGGUUAAACCAUUAAACCAACUGUUUGCUGGAAACUCAAAGUAUUUUCCCCGCUGGUACCUGAAUUACAAAAUGUUUUUCCCUCAAAAGCCUGACUUCCUGUCUGGAAACUAGGCCAUAUUUGUAUUUUUGAACGAUAUCCUAUCAGUAAAUAGUGAUUCAUCACAUCUGCUGUAUUUGUAUAGUAUAUUAUACUGUCCAGAACUACACUCUGUUGUCCACUGAGUGUAGAUUUGAAUUUAAGCUUAUGUAGCUCUCUGGCCAAAAAGAGUUCUGUAUAUUUUUACAUAUAAACUGUAUAUAUUUGAUUCUGCAUGUUGUGUGCAACAUUAGAUGCCGCCUUCACAAUGACUCUAUUUGGUCUCUCUUUCGGUAUGCCUUAUAUCAAGUUGCGAAAUGUUUUCAUCAACAACUGAAGCUCAUCUUGAUUCUCUGAUCCAUUCUUUGGUACAGUAUAUAGCUUUAUCUUUGUCAUCCCCAAACACAUCUAACAAUCUAUUUCAUCAUAUCAGCACAUCCAGGGACUGUCACUGUAGGCAUUUCCCACGAGAAACUCCUCCAUCACGUUCCAAUUCAAUAAACGUUGUAAAAGUUGCGUUUGUUUGUUGUUUGAGGUUUUGAAAGUCAGCAAGACCAUUUCAAUGACAUGAUAUCCGGAUAACCUCAUAAUAUUACGUUUUUAGAACAUAAGGUUUAAUAGUAAAGGGAAGAAUUCGGGGCAGUCCAUAUGUGUGAGUUGUAAACAAGAAACGCAACAAAAAAUAGAAAAUAUUGAUUUAUCUUGGAUAAGAAUCAAGCUGUUAGACGUGUACUGAUGAUGCAUUUAUACUUGCUUUGCAGCAUAUCACAGAGACAUUUAUCAACACAUUUCACAAAAGCUGUGAACAAGCCACCAUCCAGAAAAUACUUUUUUGGUGAUACCGAGAGGGGAUAUGCUACAAACGCUCACAACAAAAGCCAGAAAAUGUCCCGCGCUUUUAAAAUAAUUUAAAAAUCAUGUUCUAGUAAUGUUAUUUCAGCAGUUGUUUACAACAGAGAGCAGUAUUGAUGUCUUUUUUCUUUCCUUUCAGGCAAGUUUUUGGGCUGCAAGGCGUCUUGUUGUAAACAUGGGUCUAUUUAGUUCAGGUAACGUGAUCUGGGUUUACUACAUGUUUAACCUGUGAGUAAAUCCAUUUGACCUCAGUGAGGACCCCUAACUUGUUUUCCUUAAAGAAACUAUGCACUACAGACUUAAACCAUGUUUUUUAUAUGUGAUCGCUGUAGUGUGGCUAGACGUAAUGAAACUCAAAAGGGUGGCCUGGCCCUUUAAGAGGCUUCCAAAUUGAAAUCAUUUGGUAUAGGGGUGCAGAUGGCAAGCAGUUGUGCAGAUUGCUUGAAUUAAAUCAGUCCUUAUUUCCGCCUCAGACAAGCAGGGACGGGUCUGUUUCACCUCAUGCCCACCCUUGUGCCACCAUAUGCCCCAUAUCUGCUCAGUGUUGCUGACAGAACUUUUCUGGUCUGGGACUGUGGACAUUAGGAAAGCUACCAAAUCCUUAUUUAUUGAUCGUCAACUGUGGAUUUUGCUGUACGUUGUCGCUUGUCACAAACAUUUUUGUCCCCCAACGUUCAUUAACAUUCCAUGGAAAUUGAUUCUAUUGUAUUACGGUGUUGUUUUAUUUUCCUUUUUGAUAUAUGGAAACAGAAAUACUGGAAAUAAUUUUUCUUGAUGUAUUGUAUUACAAUAAAUGUAUUUGAUGUACUACUAGUAAAUGAAAGGUGCUUCCUUCUCAGUGGCUAUCGUAAUAUUCCUGCUUUGAAAUAAUAUUACUGUACUUGCUGAAUGUGAAUAAUGAUUACUAAAAUAGUUGAGAAUAUAUUUGUUAUGAAUAUAUUAUGCCUAUAUACUGUAUAUCAAUGGACCGACCGCUUCAGUUAUAUCCACUGGCAGUAUAGAUGCAUUUCGUGUAUAAAGAUGCUUACUGUAGUACUAAUUAAACAACUAAGAAUUUA